AUGCGACCUAAGAAAAUAGAACACUCUCUUUCGUCUGAUACCAGGGAGCCUGAGAACACCAAUCUACUGCAACCUCAAGAGCAGGCUGGUACUACCAUGAAGAUCCCACAGAACGCGAAGUGGAGUUCUGGGGAUGAUGCAACACUCAUCGACUCUCUCAAGGCUUUUGCUGAUGGAAACACGGCUGAUAAUGGAACCUUCAAGACUGCAGCAUUUACAGCUGCUGCAAAGGCCCUCAAAGAUAGUCACAAAGUCAGUGGAGGUGCUUCGAAAACUGCAAAGAGCUGCUCACGUCGUUGGAGCACUUUGAAGGCCAACUGUCUUAUUGUCCAAAAACUGCGAGAGCUGUCUGGAUUUGGAUGGGACGAGAUGAGAAAGAUUGUCAUUGCCAGUGACAAAGUGUGGGAUGAUUAUCUUCAGGUCCAUUCCAAAGCCAAGGUUUGGCGUUCAACACCAUUCCCCCUCUAUGAUGACAUCAUUGUGCUCAUGGAUGGAUGUCAUGCAACUGGUGAAGGAGCUCUACAUAUUAAUAGUAUCAAUGGGUACGAGACGAGCCCUCCAUGGCCAAGCACACUUCUCCUUGAUGACGAAGAUGAUAUCUUUGUUGGUAAGGAUCCACUCAGAGGGAAUCAUGAGUCUGAAUCAGCUGACGAGAACAAGAAAGUGGGCAAGGUGGCCACAGCCACUGCAGCAGCUGAAAAUGCAGCAGCUAGCACUGCAGCUCUCUUUCUGCGAGUGUGUGUUGCCUUAAGAGAGGUUUUAAGGGCCUUUCUUUUUUGUGAUGAUGAGGAGGUCAUAGCUAUAGAGCUCGAGUAG